UUGUUUCUGCCAACAGACGCCAUUUAUCCGAAUUGAAACAGAUAAAAGGAAAUAUACUUUUUAUAUCUGCCAUGCAGUUGCGCAUAAAAUUAGUUGUUUAGAUAUAACUUUAUGCCGCACUCGAAUGAUGUUCGUAUUUUAUUUUAUGCCUGUUAAAUGCCUAUAUUAAUUUAUUCCUUUUUAUUUUAUGCCGCGUUGUGUAACUAUUUUCUUAAUUUUUCCAAACAUACACAGUGUCAGAUUUAUCAAUUAAAAAUGUCGACUGCAAACGAAGUGGCUGAAUUUAGCGUCGUGGAUUACUGUGUGUUUAUUGGAAUGCUUUGUAUAUCCAUGGCCAUCGGGCUGUACCAUUCGCUCAAAGGCAAUAAAACAACCGAGGACUUUCUCAUGGCAAGCCGAUCGAUGUCACCAAUACCAGUAGCGUUUUCCUUAACAGCCACCUACCUCUCUUCCAUAUCAAUAUUAGGUAUCGUUGGCGAGGUCUAUGGACAAGGCCUGAUGCUGGCGUGGUCUCUCAUCGGCAACGCUCUGGGGAUAGUCACUGCCACGCUGUUCAUCAUGCCUGUCAUGUACCCUUUAAAACUCAACAGCGUCAACGAGUACAUAGAGCUGCGCUUUGGCUCGGUGUUCCUUCGAAAGCUCGUGCUCGUGAUGAUCACUGGCAACUACCUCAUGUACCUUGGUUUCUGUCUCUACGCUCCCACCCUCGCGCUGGAGUCUGUCACCCCCAUCGACCUCACCACCUACAUCUUCAUCUUGGGCACAGUAGUCACCGUCUACUGCGCUUUCGGAGGUCUAAAAGCCGUCGUGUGGACGGACACGUUUCAAACAGUCGUCAUCAUCCUGGGAAUUUUAGUCGCUGUAAUUUUCGCAGUCAUCGAAGUCGGUGGAAUGGACGACGUCUGGAGAAUAGGAUCAGAGAACGGACGAACUGACAUGCUUGACUUCAGACCCGGGUUGUACGUACGCCACACGAUGUUCAACACAAUCCUCAACGGCUUCGUGACGUUCUUCACGAUCUACGGGUUCACGCAAGCAACCAUCCAGAGGGCCGGGUCCAUGCCAGACUUGGCGCGGGUUAGGCUGGUUCUUUUCCUGAACGCAUUCGGCCUGAUAGUGCUGAUGGGCAUUUUGUUCUUCACGGGUCUGGCAAUUUUUGCCGUAUACGCGGGAUGUGACCCCAUCACCCUGGGCUACAUUUCGCAGAAGGAUCAACUGCUGCCUUACUACGUCAUGGACUACCUUGGGACUUUCAAGGGUAUCCCCGGGCUUUUUGUGGCGUGCCUCUUCAGCGGCACUCUCAGUUCAAUCUCGUCACUGCUGAGUGCGCUGUCGUCGAUGCUGUGGGUGGACUUCAUGUGUGAGCUGGAAUACUUCAAGAAGUCAUCAGAAAGAGUCAAAACCAUCACCAACAAAGUCACAACUCUCGUACUGGGUUGCAUCAUGAUGGGAUUCGCGGUGCUGGCCUCCAAGCUGGGCGGGCUGGUGCAGGCGACGGCCGCGGUGUUCGGGGCGCUGUCGGGGCCCGUGCUGGGCCUCUUCGUGCUGGGGGUCAUGGUACCCCACUGCAGCAAGAAGGGCGCCAUCGCUGGAGGCAUCUUUUCCACUGUGGUGAUGGUGUGGCUGUCCAUUGGAUCGCAGUUCCGAGGUAUGGUGACAGUUAUGUUACCGCUCUCCAUAGAUGAAUGCGCGGAUAACUCUUCUCUUAUUUCAACUACGCAAACGCUAUGGACCACAACAACCACCGACUUACCUGAGGACAUUACUCGCCCUUUUGACUUCUUCUACGGCAUCUCAUACACGUACUUCUCCACAGUGGGCUGUCUCAGCUGUAUUGUCGUUGCCGUCCUUGUGUCGGCCUGUACAGGUUUCGAGAAGCUUGAGAAUGUGAACCCAUCACAUGUGCUUCUUUGUCUUCGCAAGCACGUUGGUCACAAACGUUCUGAAUCUUCAGCAUCCAAGACUAAACAAUGUAUUGAGGUGGCAACCGUCAUGUAACAAAAUUUUAGAGGAAUUUAUUCCUCGAAGGCAGCACUCUGAAUUGGACAGAGAUUUCACCUGCUCGCAAUUUAGCGUACAUCUCAUAUUUUCAUGACGUUCCUCACAGUUUCGGAUAAAUUUUAUUUAGACGCAUUCAAGUAUUUCUUUAUAAUUUUUGUGAUGAAUAAUAAAAUAUCAGUCGAAGUUAUCCCAGAAUAUUAUAGGGAACCUUUGCUUUUAAAGUAAGUAAAGUUCAUUGAAUAUAAAAUUUUUUAUGUUGAACCUUAAUUUUUUGUUUCUAAGCGACCAAUUUAAAGUAUUACCGGUCACAUAUGGAGAUUUUACGAUUAUAUGUGUCGUAUAACCGUGUAAUUCCUGCAGGUUCUAGGACACCUGUGGGAGCAUUUACUUUUAACGAAGGGUAAUAUGAAGUGAAUCACUACAUUCUGUUGUUUGCAUUUUAGAGAAUAUUUUCUUUUUAAAUGCUAUAUAGACAGUAUGAAUUUCAUUCUCCUUGUUUAGAUUUGCAAUGUUAUUACCAUAUGUGUUUACUGCGUAGUUAACAGUAAAAAUGCACUACGUGUAAAUCACCAUAGUACAAAUUUUGCAUAAUCUCUUACGGUUAUUCGCACAAUAACCAAACCAACUUUAUAAAUGUUUGAAAGUUAAGGCGGAAAUGGUGUAAUGAUAUUCCAUAAUGUUUCAACAAAGUUUAUUUUUUAUACUGGCUCAAUAACCUUUUUGCUCAGGGUCUUAAUGAAUGUAUACAGAUGCCCUAUCACCGUCUAUUAGCCAGCACAAUAUACUUAAUUAGCGCCCACUAAACGGCGAUCUCAGCGCUAUAAACCCUCUGCCGGCACGCAAUUCCUUGCACUCUGAGAGAGCAUGCAAGUUCUAUGACUCCGAGGUUUACCUGUUUAGGAUUUACGUCUAGGCAAUUUAUAAAGUUAAAAUAAGAAAUAAAAAAGUGUGUCAUGGUAUGUGAUGUAUGAAGAUUUAUAAUGUCAGGUGUAACGCAACGUCGGAACAUAUUAUGAAUGUGCGAAUUGUGUUGUUGAAUUUACACCUUUUUAUGAAACAAGAGAAGUAACGGAAUAUUUUUGACCGUGUUCUUGUGCAAUAUGUUAGGUAUAAUCGUAACAAUGGUGUUUCUGUGGUCACCUACUAACGGCUUGUGCCGUUUUCUCGGGAGUCUUUCGAAGACUUCGAGUGAAGGAGUUCAUAAAUAAUGAUGCUAUUUUAGCAGCAGAAGUCUUAAUGAAAUGAUAAUGAAAUGAUAAUGAAAUGAUAAUGAAAUGA